AUGGCUAUGGCUCUCAGGCCCAUCGAUAAUGCUCUUCCAACCACACCAGAAAGGCCCAAAAAGCAAACCAAAGUUCCUGUUUCAAUCCAAAAGCAACCUGAGUUUGGGGUCAAUGAUGAAAACCAGGCUCCACUUCCUGCAGCAACCAUUGAUGCCACCAUUGAUUAUAUCUAUUCUGAGAAUCUCAAACCCAUCUCAGACCCUGAUUUCAAGAUUCUGAGCUUGAAUGAGGGAUUAGAUUCAAAGGAUUGGGUGAAGGUGUGCGAGUCUCUGAACAAUGUUAGGCGUUUUGCACUCUAUCACUCUGCUCUUUUGGUUCCUACUCUAGAGAAAGUUAUGGUGGUGAUGGUUAAGGCAAUGAAGAAUCCCAGAAGUGCUUUAUGCAAGACAUCCAUUAUGGCGUCGUUUGAUAUCUUUAAGGCCUUUGGUGACAGUUUAUUUGACUCUGCCACCUCUGCUGCAUUUGAUCAAUUGCUGCUGCAACUGCUGCUGAAAGCGUCUCAAGACAAACGGUUUGUGUGCGAAGAAGCAGAUAGGACCCUGAACACAAUGGUGCAGUCUUUGACUCCUCUGCCUUUGCUUCAAAAGCUUCGAGCCUAUGCUUCCCAUGCCAUCCCAGAGUCAGAGCCAAAGCUGCCGUUUCCGUCUCAGCUUGUGUCUCUAAGAUGCAAAAUGGGGGUUUUCUACCAAUUUCAGGGGCUUGAAGGAAUGAAGGAUUAUGGGCUGGUCUCUUUGGUUAAAAUGGCUGCAGAUUUGUUGAAUGAUAGGCUGCCAGAAGCAAGGGAAGCGGCACGGGGUAUUGUGCUUUCGGUGUACAAUGCCUAUACAGAGAAUGAAGAGGAGAAGCAGGAGAUAUGGCUAAACUUUUGCCAGUCUAAUUUGACUCCAAUUCAUGCUCAGUCCAUGGUCAAAAUUACUUCUUCUCAGUAG